AUGGACGAAGAACACGUCUCAGUCACCGACGGCGUCCUAACUCUUACCGCCGAACCAAGGGACGAUCAAGAAGAUCCCAUUCACUACCUCUCAGGCGCAAUUCAUGCCAAAUCAACCUUCACCGUCGCUGCAGGCGGCGGAUACGAUAUCAGCGCCGAAUUUAUUGCCCCGGUCGACAAAGGAACGUGGCCCGCCUUUUGGCUCAACGCUGCAAGCGGUUGGCCCCCUGAGAUUGAUAUUGCAGAGUGGAAAGGCACUGGAAAGAUUUCCUUCAACACUUUCAACACUUCUGAUGAGGUUACUGCGCUUGAUCGAGAUUAUCAAAACCCUACAGAGUGGCAUUCUGUUCGUGCUGAGUUGAGGGAUGAAAAUGGGGCGGAUGUGAGAGUCAAGUUCUUUCUUGACGGGGUUGAGCAGACUACGCAGUAUGGGAGGGAUUAUAUCGGUGCCGGACUUCGUUUGAUUGUUAAUUAUCAAACUGAGGGAUCUUCUGGUUCGCCUGGACCAACGACUCCAACUACUUUCCAAGUUCGAAAUGUCGAAGUCAUUAGUCUCAACUAA